GUCUCUCUCUCUCUCUCUUUCCGUCCCCUCAUUUUGGUCCUUUUUCCUGGAGGGUUUUCUCUUGUUUCUGCAAUGGGUUCGUUGACUUUCUUGAUUUAAUGUGGCUUAGGAGAGAGGAAAUCAGCAGUUUUUUCCGAUUUUUAGGCUUGUGAUUUGGCGAGCUUUGCGCAUAGAAGAAAAUGUCUUCUCGUUUCUGGGUUCAGAGUGGAAACGACACUGAGGCAGAGGAAGAGAGUGAUAUUGAAGAUGAUGUAGAGAUCGGUGGUGGAGCUGUUGACAUUGCUGGCGCAGCUGAUGGAAGCAAAUACUUGCCAGGGAAUGCUAGUGAUAGUGAUGGUUCUGAUGGUCAGAGGCGUGUUGUCCGAUCUGCCAAGGACAAACGUUUUGAGGAGAUGUCAGCUACUGUUGACCAGAUGAAGAAUGCCAUGAAGAUCAAUGACUGGGUAAGCCUCCAAGAGAGCUUUGAGAAGAUGAACAAGCAGCUUGAAAAGGUUAUCAGGGUCACGGAAUCUGAGAAAGUCCCAACUCUUUAUAUCAAAGCACUUGUAAUGUUAGAAGACUUCUUAAGUGAGGCUUUGACCAACAAGGAUGCGAAGAAGAAGAUGAGUGCUAGCAAUGCAAAGGCGUUGAACUCCAUGAAGCAGAGACUUAAGAAGAACAACAAGCAAUUUGAGGACCUGAUUAGUAAGUACAGAGAAAAACCUGAGAGUGAAGAGGAAGGGGAGCCUGAUGAUCAGUCAGCCGAUGAAGAUUAUUCCGAAACAGAGUUUGAGGAGGACCCAUCAAAAAUUGCAAUCGUGUCAGAUUCUAGUGAUGAAGAUGAGGGUGAAGAUGAAGAGGGUGGUGGAGUUUGGGAGAAGAAGAUGAGUAAGAAAGAUAAACUUAUGGACAAGCAAUUCAUGAAGGACCCCAGUGAGAUCACUUGGGAUACGGUUAAUAAGAAGCUUAAAGAGAUUGUGGCUGCAAGGGGUCGAAAGGGAACUGGAAGGGUUGAGCAGGUUGAGCAGCUUACAUUUUUGACAAAGGUUGCCAAGACACCUGCACAGAAGCUUGAGAUACUUUUCAGUGUUGUUUCUGCACAGUUUGAUGUGAACCCAAGCCUUAGUGGGCACAUGCCCAUUAAUGUCUGGAAGAAGUGUGUGCAGAACAUGCUUGUCAUACUUGAUGUCCUUGAGCAGUAUCCUAACAUUGUGGUGGAUGAUUCAGUGGAGCCUGAUGAGAAUGAGACUCAGAAGGGGGAUGACCAUAAAGGCACAAUUCGGGUUUGGGGAACCUUGGUUGCUUUCUUUGAACGAAUGGAUGCAGAGUUCUUCAAGAGCUUGCAAUGCAUUGAUCCACACACUAGAGAGUAUGUUGAAAGGCUUAGGGAUGAGCCUGUGUUUUCAGUUCUUGCUCAAAAUGUUCAAAACUAUUUGGAAAGGAUUGGGGAUUUCAAGGCUGCUGCAAAGGUUGCAUUAAAGCGGGUGGAGCUUAUCUAUUAUAAGCCCCAAGAGGUUUAUGAUGCAAUGAGAAAACUGGCUGAACAGACAGAAGGUGGAGAGAAUGGGGAAGUGGAUGCUGAAGAGAAUCAAGUGGUCGAAGAAAGCAGGGGCCCCACUGUAUUCAUUGUUACUCCUGAGCUUGUACCUCGAAGACCCUCAUUUCCAGAGAGUAGCAGGACAUUGAUGGAUAUACUUGUUUCGCUCAUAUACAUGUAUGGGGAUGAGAGGACCAAAGCUCGUGCAAUGCUCUGUGACAUAUACCAGCAUGCUAUCUUGGAUGAGUUUGCAACUUCACGUGACCUACUGUUAAUGAGUCACUUGCAGGAUGGUGUCCAGCAUAUGGACAUUUCAUCUCAGAUUCUUUUCAAUAGGGCUAUGGCACAACUUGGUCUGUGUGCAUUCAGAGUUGGACUAAUCUCUGAAGCACACAGUUGCCUUUCUGAACUCUAUACUGGUGGAAGGGUAAAGGAGUUGCUUGCACAGGGAGUCUCACAAAGUCGUUAUCAUGAGAAGACUCCAGAACAGGUAAUCUUAUCUUUGUCAAUUAUUUAUUAUUUACUUUUGUGCCUCCGCUUGCGUGCUUAUUUGUUGUGAAAGUCCAAUCCUCGA